GGAGGGGGGGCCGCCAUGGCGAGCGGGGCGGCCGCGCGGCCCGCGGAGGAGCCCCCGGCCCCGGCGCCGCCGCCCGCCGAGCCCCCGCCUGAGCAGAAGCCCGCGCUGCCGCUCCCGGCCCCGGCGCCGCCGCCGCCCCCGGGCCGCGAGGAGUUCUCCUUCCUGCCGCUCGUGCACGGCGUCAUCAAGUGCAUGGACAAGGACAGCCAGGAUGUCCAUCAGGUGCUGAACGAGCUGAAGACCAAAUUCCAGGAGAUGAGGAAGAUGAUCAGCACCAUGCCCGGCAUCGGCGUGAGCCCUGAGCAGCAGCAGCAGCAACUGCACAACCUGCGGGAGCAGGUCCGGACCAAGAACGAGCUGCUGCAGAAAUACAAGAGCCUCUGUAUGUUCGAGAUCCCCAAGGAAUAGAAGGGAAGCAACAGCUUCCCUGAGCCGGGACCUUCUCCCUGCUUCCCUGCUCUCCUGCCUCGUCGCUACCAAGUGGCGGCUGUUUGGGGACAGGGAGUCUGGAGAACAUGCUGUACUGUAGCACGGUGGCAGCCAUGGGUUUGCUUUGAUCUGCCCUGGGACUGUGUGUAUUGAUACCCAUCCCUGUUGUCUUUUUCCCCACUAAUGCAGGCAGACAGAAAGCCUUGCGCUCCCCCCGCCCCUCUCGCUGCAGGAGUGAAUGAGCUGGGGGUUAUCUUUUCUGUGUCGAACAGCUUCCCCCGGGCACAGGGCGUGCGUGCUGCCACUUUGCUCAGCUCCGCCUCUGCCGAAGCAGUCGAAUGCUGAGCGGAGCAUCACGAGCCCCCGGCACCUGGGACAAGAUCAUUCCUCAUGUGCGGAUGCAGUGGGGGCCUCUUGGGAGAGAGGGGCUACUUCUGUAGAGAAUGUUUUGUCCCCAUACGGAUCCCAGUAAAGAUUCCUACGCUCUGAA